GGCUAUUUUGUUUUAUGUUGAGCAAGCUAGGAAUCUGGACUUUCUUUUCUUUCAAAUACAAAGAUACUAUUUUGUCAUUUUCCCCGCCAUAUAGUAAAAUCAUCUCAAGUCCGCGUUCAUUUUAAUCUUUCAAGGAUUCCGAAAUUUGGGUGCAUCAUGGUGGACUCCUGAGGCAACACGCGUGAAAUGUUGACAGCUACACCGCUUCGAAGUAAAAGAUAAUCAGUGAAGAAAGAUAUGCCUUGACGACAUUGUUGAGCAAGAUUAAGCAAUGGCUGGCAGAGGAAGGGGGCGAGGAAAGUCUUUAUCUUUCAACGUUGAGGCCCUCGGAUUCGGAAGAGGUGAAUCCUUGCCCGGUCCAAUUCAACAACCUCCCCCUCUCUAUCCUCCAGUUGACUUCAAGGCUGUUCCACUGUUAGAGGGCGAUGCUCACACUUACCUUUUAGCUCUGAAGCAGGAAUUCAGAGCGACCGUGAAGGAUCUGCCAUAUUACCUCCAGCACCAGGAGAAGAAAAAAGACAUUGAACGCUACUCUGACAAGUACCAGAGCAAUCAACAGGAUGGAAAUGCCACAUCGGAGCCAGAUUGGCGCCGUCUUCCAGCGGAGCUGCGAAUAAGACCGAAAAAGGUGAAGCGGUUGCGUCCAGGGAUUAAACCUAAUGUCUCCACAGCUAGGAAGUCAGGAGCCAACGUAGAUGUUGCAAAAACACUGGAGGAGUUGGAGAAAAAAGAAGAAACUCAGAAUGUAAAAGGAGAAGGGGAGGAAGAGGAAGAAGGAGAAAAGGAAGGGGAGGAAGGUCAAGAGGAAGAGGAGUAUUACGAGGAGGAGGAUAUGGAAGAAGAGACGGACUACAAUAUGACAUAUUUUGACAACGGAGAGAACUAUGGCGUUGACGAUGAAGAUGAUGCAUUGGACGAUGGACCAGUCUACUGAUUGGUCAUGGAGAUCUUUGCACAGCACCUCUUCACACAGCACCUCUUCACAAAGCACCUCUUCACACAGCACCUCUUCACACAGGCCCAGGAUAAAGUUUGUUGAUGUAAAAUCCCAAGGAAGAAAUGGAACUGCGCUAAGAACAGUACUGCUGAUAUGCCAUAUAAUUUGGGGUAUUGAAGAGGUUGGUAAAACAGAAACGUAAGAAAGUUGAAAACUUCUAUAACAGAAAAGUCCAUUUUUCAAACAGGGCAACAAAACCUGAUUAUAGGCAGUCCUACUUUUAAGGUUUUGAAUUGAAGAAUAGUGCUAAAUGGAAAUAGCUGUAGAAAUUGUAGAGUUGAAAAAUGGAGUUGGCUAUCAGAUAAAUCUCCUAAAAUGAGCUGAAUAUAGUUGCAAUAUUGUGAACACAUUGUAAUAGUGGUAUUCAGUGGAACACGUGCCACUGGCCAGAUAGUAGAAAUUGAUGCCAAACAGGGCCCGCUAUAGUUUAUAUAGUGCUGGUUACUAUGGUAGUUAUGUACAUGCAGGGCUGAGAGAACUAGGUGCAAACGGACCCAGGAGUACAGUCUGUAGGGCAGUGAUUCAAUCUGCAGUCAGAAGACGUGCCAUUAUAAAUAUUUCAUGCAAAUGUUCAGAAUUACAUUUGCAAAGGUGAACUGAAACAAAAUACUGGUAUGGCGAUUACUCUAAAUUGUUAGUUUUUGUGGAUUGGUUAUGUGAUAUCACCUAGUGGUGAAUAUUACAUUCGCUGGACAAACGCCCUUUAUAUAGAUUGUCCUGUAUGAUUUCUUUUUUAAGGAAAUACAAGUAUAAAAUCAUAA